AUGGCUGCUCCACAUGUAGAUGAUAGCAGGCCCAGUAGUGUGGCUGCUCCACAUGUAGAUGAUAGCAGCACCAGUAGUGUGGCUGCUCCACAUGCAGAUGAUAGCAGCACCAGUAGUGUGGCUGCUCCACAUGCAGAUGAUAGCAGCACCAGUAGUGUGGCUGCUCCACAUGUAGAUGAUAGCAGCACCAGUAGUGUGGCUGCUCCACAUGCAGAUGAUAGCAGGCCCAGUAGUGUGGCUGCUCCACAUGCAGAUGAUAGCAGCACCAGUAGUGUGGCUGCUCCACAUGUAGAUGAUAGCAGCACCAGUAGUGUGGCUGCUCCACAUGCAGAUGAUAGCAGCACCAGUAGUGUGGCUGCUCCACAUGCAGAUGAUAGCAGGCCCAGUAGUGUGGCUGCUCCACAUGUAGAUGAUAGCAGGCCCAGUAGUGUGGCUACUCGACAUGUAGAUGAUAGCAGCACCAGUAGUGUGGCUGCUCCACAUGCAGAUGAUAGCAGGCCCAGUAGUGUGGCUGCUCCACAUGUAGAUGAUAGCAGCACCAGUAGUGUGGCUGCUCCACAUGCAGAUGAUAGCAGCACCAGUAGUGUGGCUGCUCCACAUGCAGAUGAUAGCAGCACCAGUAGUGUGGCUGCUCCACAUGUAGAUGAUAGCAGGCCCAGUAGUGUGGCUGCUCCACAUGUAGAUGAUAGCAGCACCAGUAGUGUGGCUGCUCCACAUGUAGAUGAUAGCAGCACCAGUAGUGUGGCUGCUCCACAUGUAGAUGAUAGCAGCACCAGUAGUGUGGCUGCUCCACAUGUAGAUGAUAGCAGCACCAGUAGUGUGGCUGCUCCACAUGUAGAUGAUAGCAGCACCAGUAGUGUGGCUGCUCCACAUGUAGAUGAUAGCAGCACCAGUAGUGUGGCUGCUCCACACUACUGGGGCAACAAGCUCGCGGUUCGCUGA